AUGCCAUACGAGUACGAGAAUUAUGACCCUUCCUUCCCCGACCAACCUGUGGUUGACUUAUACCUCCCUGUUUGGGCCAGGUUACCAGCUUUCCACUCCAAACCAGUCUUCAUUUGGGCUCAAGACUUGCACACCACAACUCAACUUACCUACCAACAACUCAACGCCACCGUUCAUCUCAUCUCCUCACAGCUACAAGGUCCUAUGCAAAGAGGUGACACUGUCCUGCUUCUGUGCUCUCCAGGACUUGACCUAGUUGAGCUCAUAUUCGGGUGUCAAAGAGCUGGUCUCUUGAGCGUCCCUAUAGUCCCCCCUCACCCUUCUUUCUCUAAACAAAACUAUCACCAUCUCAUAAGAGCCAUUUCUCAGACCAAACCCAAAGCUGCCAUAGCUCACUCUCACUACAUAUCAAGCAUUCGACACUACCUCUCUUCACCCCACAACAACACCAAGCUUGCUCACAUGCUACAAAAUAUCCACUGGAUUUCCAUUGACCAAGUCAAACAAGGUAAAGACACCGUUAUUGUAAACGACCGUGAUUCCCUAACAUACAGUGGUUGCAAAGCAGAUGAAGUUUAUUUAGUUCAGUACACUUCUGGAGCCACCGGGAUCCCGAAACCCGUGCUUGUCACAACUGGCUCAGCUGCUCACAACGUUCGAGCAGCGAGAAAAGCUUACGAUCUUCAUCCAAACAGCACAAUCGUUUCGUGGCUGCCACAGUAUCAUGACUGUGGCCUCAUGUUUCUGUUGCUGACCAUUGUAUCCGGUGCCACGUGUGUUCUCACGUCCCCAAACGCGUUCAUCAAACGCCCCAGACUCUGGCUUGAACUCUUGUCCGAAUUCAAGGCCACGUGCACUCCCGUUCCCUCGUUCACAUUGCCACUUGUUAUCAAGCGUGGAGGGAUUCACCAAGGAGAUUUACCCAUCAACCUAUCACCUUUGAAGAACCUCAUAAUCAUCAACGAACCUAUCUAUAGAGACUCAGUGGAAGAAUUCGUUCAUACUUUUUCACCAUUCGGGUUAAGCCCUUCUUCUAUAUCUCCUUCAUACGGGUUAGCAGAGAAUUGUACCUUUGUGUCCACUGCGUGGAGGAGCGGUCACAGUGACAAUAACGGUGCUUUCUCAGAUUUUCCAACUCACAACAAACUGUUACCGGUUGCAAGGCUCGGAAACGUGGAACAGGAAGACGUGGAAAUCAUUGUUGUAAAUGAAGAAACGUUGGAGCCAGCUGAGGAUGGUGUUGAAGGAGAAAUUUGGGUUGCUUCGCCAAGCAAUGCUUCUGGAUACCUAGGCCACCCUAGCUUAACAAGAGAGGUAUUUCAUGGAAGACUAAGAAACAUGGUCAGCAAGUGCUUUCUUCGAACUGGGGACAAAGGCAUCGUGAAAGGAGAAAAGAGAUAUCUCUUUGUCACUGGUCGCUGUCAAGACGUCAUGGAACUCCAAAACGGUCAGAAGGUUCACCCACAUUACACAGAGACUGCGGCUUAUAAUAGUUGCUCCAAGUUACUCAGAGGAGGUUGCGUUGCAGCGUUUAAAGUUUCAGAAACGGUGGUGGUUGUGGCGGAGAUGCAAAGGCUCAAAAAAGAUGUGGAUAGGGUUUUGUUGAAGAGGGUUUGUGAGGGAAUUAAGGAAGGUGUAUCGAAGAAGGAGAAGGUAGAGGUUGGAUGGGUAGUUUUGGUCAAGAGUGAGUGUGUUCCGAAAACCACUUCUGGGAAAUUGCAAAGACGUAAGUGUAAGAAGAAACUUCUUGCUGGGCAAAUGGUGAUUCUGAUGGAGAUACGGUUUGGAAAAGAUGUUACUGUUUUCAAAAGAGCCCAAAAUGUAAGAGAUGAAGUUUGGGAAGAGAUGGGUUAUGUGAAUAGUUCACUUUCAUGUGCGGAAACUGGUAGCUCCCUAAUUUCACGUCUGUGA